AUGUCAGACGCGCCGACGUUGCGGAUACGGCUUGGCGCAGUCAGGUCUGCAUUGGCAGACCUCAGCGGGGCGCGGCACGAGCAGCUAUCCAAGGCCCAGGCCAACGCCGUGGUCUACAUGCUGCAGCGCGCGCAGCUCAACCCAGAUGAGAAAGCAACCCUGGCUCUGAUGUCCAGCCAGGUGAACUGGUUCGACGGCCACGACGCCCAGGUCAUGUCCCUGCUCGUGGCAUCACCUGCGCCGCGCCAGAGCACCACUGGCAACAUUGGCCAGAAGUACACGAGCUUCGUGGAAUUUUUCACGGAGGCCGAAUGGAAGAAGAUGCUAGAGGAGAAUCCGUCUUCGUCGGCGAUCCUGUCUCUCAUCAUUUCGCGUGUGAUCCGCCUCGGGGGGCGCAACGUGUGCGAAUACUCGAACAAGCUAAUGACUUCGCUCUGGCUUAUGCUUUGCGACCCUUCUGUGGACUCGAUGUCGUUCUUUCAGAAGAAAAAGCAGUUCCUCUACGUCAAGAGAGAAUGCAGGCGCAUUGCAGACACGACGCCGAGGCUGAUGAUGGAUCAGCGUAUCGACACACUGCCUCCUCUGCCAGACGAGUUCGCCACGCUCUACCCUGCCGCGUACAACAAAGCGUUCAGCACCAGGCCUGGCGACGGGCCCAUGAGGUGCCCGCUCAACAUGCAGAGGCUGCUCGAGAUCGACAACUCCUACAGGUGCCGCGGCUCGGGGCCUGAGCUGGACUUCCAGCGCGGCGCCCAGUCUAGCGCGACAUCCCUGGCGCUUGCCCCCAUCGAGCCGCAGUCGGACAUCAGACAGAUGCUGCUCCAGUCGCAGCAGCAGAUGCAGCAGAUGCAGGCCUUUGCCAUCAACGCGAUGCAGCUCGUGGCGGGCAAUCGCGGUGGCGCUGCGGCCCCAGGCAGCGGCGGUGCUGGGAACGGCCUCCUCGAGAACCUGGAAGUGUUCUCCCAGGGCGCGCGUGCUGGUGGACGCCCGAGCUCGAAUCGGUUACAGCUGUUGACGCCAGACCACCACCGCCAGCAGAGCGCUCCGUCGCCACGCCAGCAGCGCGGCGACCUUGCGCCGCCGCUGGACCAGGCCGAUGGGCACCAUGAAAGUAGCAUGGCGCCUCUGCCCCAGCCAGAGUCGGCGCCCGACCAUGGCGCCAUCCAAGUCACGCCCCAGCGCCAUCGAGACCAGCCAGCCGCACCUGGUGAUCAGCCCGACUCCGUGCAUAACGCGAUGAAGAUGAUGGAGGAGAAGAGGCUCGCCGCCAAGGGCAGGAAGCGCGCUUUCAGCGUUUCUAAGAAGCCAUCGGCGAUGAAGGCCGCUACCAAGGGCGGCAGCGGGAAGACGAAAGGGAUUGACUAUUCCGACCUGUUGUCCAUCACCAAGUCCACGAUGAAGAAGACCACCCGCGGUGCCUUCACGUCGAAAGCUUGCGACAACACGAAGGAGCGGGCAUCCGUCGCUGGCAUGUCGCCAGCCAAGGUUCUGGUGAUUGCCAGGGAGGCGUACGCUGCCGCCGCGUCCAAGUGGGACGAGCUCAAAGUUUGCUAG